GAAGACACUUCUCUCUGGUGCAGUAUGAAAGGGUAACUUCUCAAAAUCCUUGGGUGUUUUUGGACACAGCGGCCAUGCUGUCAGACAGUGGGCAUUGCUGAUACCACAUCAUACCAGCAGCCAUGUCCUGUUCUCUACUUCCUUAGGAUUUUCAGUUCAAGACUGGCAUUCAGUCUUCACUACCAAGGCCCUCUUGUGAGCAGGAUGUCAGGUACUUUCCCCUCCCACGGAAGAACCAACCUCACUGUGCUUUACAGACCUCUUUCCUGUCUCUUGUACUUUUGCUAUGGAUUGGCUAAGGCAGUGCGUGUCUAGAGAAGAAAGAGGAGCUCAGUCGCACAUCUGGAUGCAAAUGGACUCCUGAAUUUCUCUCUUGCCUUUGAACCCCAGGUUGGUGCCUGGCAGCCAAAUGACCCAACAAUGUGUCUCAGGACAUCAGAUCCCUGCGCACAGCAGUACCUGUGUUCUCAGGUGCAAAGCAGGUGCUAACUUCCUAUCUGUGUCCUAGCAUCCUGCUUGGUGGGUACUGUGGGAGCAGCAGGACUAGGAAAACAAAGUUAAGACAUUUUCUGAAAUGCGGAUUUACAGGUUUGAAAUUAAUAACCUCUGUCAGUAGUGACACAACAGCACAGUCCAACAGCACUGACAGUGGAUAUGGCAGUGAGAAGUGGAAAAUAUAUUCCCUUUGCCCCUCUCCUCUGCCCUCAUGGAUCGCAGCACUCCUUCACAGCACUAAGUCCCAGAGAUCCCACCAGAAGCCAGCCUCUAAACACACUGGUCACCAAGAAAUACGCAGCUGAGCUGCCGCUGCUGCUGGUGAUCAUGCCCUGCGAGCCUGCCGGAUUUACGCCUGCCACAAACGCCAUCCAUCACCGAUAGCUGCGGGCAGGUCUGCGCCACUCCACGGAGACAGAAGGAUGCUCUCAAGAUGCUGCUAACAGGCCAGUAUCAGCUCUACCUGUUCUGUUUCAAGUGCUAACAUGGAUGACUGGGACAACAACAACGAAUUCAUUCAGCGACUGGACUUUUCCAGUUGUGGUGAAGAGAGUGAAGAAAGAAGUAUAAAUGAGGAGGACUCCCUGAGCUUGAGCCCCCCAAGAAGCUCAGAGUUCCAGAAAUGGCAAGAGAGCAGUCCUCUGCCAGCAACCCCUCAGAGAAAGCUUAGUGAGAUUUUCCUGAGCAGAACAAAAGCUUGGAUGAGUCCCACCCUGAAGUCUUCCCCAUCUGUGAGCAAGAGCUGGAGUAAACCUGAGACACCACUGCACGUCACCUGGAAAAAGCUGCAGCUUUGUGACACCCCACACACUCCUAAGAGCUUGUUAUCAAAGACAGCUUUUCCUUCAUCUGCAACAAAGGUCCCAGCCAAAGGCCUCCGACAUUUGAGACUGACUCCUCGUGCCGACUCUGAUGACUCUUCCCAAGCUUCUCUUGUCAACAUUAAUCCCUUUACACCAGAGUCCUAUCGACAAAUGCUCUUUCAUCCUAAUGGCAAACGGAAGGCUGGAGGAGAGCUGAAUGGUCCUCAUCCAGGAAGCCAGAUUAAACAGGAGCAACCUACAAAGAGAUAUACUCUGAAAGCGAGCAAUAUGGUUUCCCGCUACAAGAAGGAGUUCCUGGAGCUAGAAAAAAUUGGUGUGGGGGAAUUUGGCUCUGUCUACAAGUGCAUCAAACGCCUUGAUGGAUGUGUUUAUGCCAUCAAACGCUCCAAAAGGCCUCUGGCAGGAUCCUCAGAUGAGCAGCUGGCACUGCGAGAGGUGUAUGCUCACGCUGUCCUGGGGCACCACCCCCACGUCGUGCGCUACUACUCGGCCUGGGCAGAGGAUGAUCACAUGAUUAUCCAGAAUGAACACUGCAAUGGUGGGAGCCUCCAGGAUGUGCUGCUGGAAAAUGCAAAGCUUGGGCAGUAUUUCGCAGAAGGAGAGCUGAAGGAAAUAUUGCUGCAAGUCUCCAUGGGACUAAAAUACAUCCACAACUCUGGCCUUGUGCACCUGGAUAUCAAACCUAGUAAUAUCUUCAUCUGUCACAAGCUGGCAGUUUCAGGCCCUGCUGGGCAGGAGGAGAGUGACAGUGAAGAUGAAUUCUCUCCUGGUGUGGUGUAUAAGAUUGGUGACCUUGGACAUGUGACAUCAAUAACAAACCCUCAGGUGGAGGAAGGAGACAGACGCUUUUUGGCCAAUGAGAUUUUGCAAGAGCAAUACUGCUACUUGCCCAAGGCAGACAUCUUUGCCCUGGCACUCACGGUGGCUCUGGCAGCUGGGACAGCACCGCUGCCUCACAACGGGGCCCUGUGGCACCACAUCCGCAAAGGCAAUGUCCCACCCAUCCCCCAGAAGCUUCCCCACCAUUUUCUUGAGCUCCUUAAGCUCAUGAUCCAUCCUGACCCAGCGCAAAGACCUUCUGCCACAGCUCUCACCAAACACCCUGUUCUCCGUCGUUCAUGUGGAAAAGCUGUGCAGCUCCAGGAGCAGCUAAAUAUGGAGAAAUGCAAGACUGCCAUGCUGGAAAGGGAACUUAAAGCAGCUCGCCUUGCCCAGACCCUCAUGAAGGACCAAGCCUUAGGAAGUGCCAAGUUACAAGAGUCUGAAACCUCUUCUAAGCAGAAGAGCAAGCGUCUGGUGGGAGGGAAGAGCUGUCGCUCGUUUAGCUUUACUCUGGGUUUCUGAAUUUUUGUGCUGUCCAAAGACUGCUGAAUGGCCCUGUGAAAGCAGAGGGUCUGUGCAGACCAAUGCCCCAUAUUUUCUCCCUGUCUCUUUUUUUUUUUUUUUUUGUUCCCCUGUUAGUUAUGAUGAGAUGUUGGCCGAGAAAAGAAUGACUGGCUUUCAAAUGUUGGAUAAUGGUAUUUAAGGUUGUCCUCAGUCUUUUACCUGUUUAAUUUCUUGUGUAAUUGGCCUUGCUAUAGAAUCAGUGUAACUCUGCUGUGACAAAAUAAUGGCAUUUUCUCUACUCACUUCCCUCUUUCUUCAGUUGGGUCCUGUUAUUGGUGAUUUUGUGGUCCUAACACUUGGGCUGACUGUAUCUUUAGAGGGAUGAUAAUGGCUGUACAGGCAGACAGCAUCUACAGCUGGUCCAUUCUAGGAGCAAGUAGGCAGAGGCUAUGGCAGCCAGUUUUAGCUACACAUCAGGAGCCAGGCUGGUAACACAGCUGUCCUGGGGGGCUCAGGAUGCAGCUGGAGUGGCGUUUCACUGAGGGGGGACACAGAGUAAUAGGAAAUACUUUGAGUUAAAGAGUGGGAGUUGAAGAAAAACAUUCUUUCACAUUUCAGCAACAAAACUUUUGUAACUGGGUGUGAUUUAACAGACUAGUUAGUCCCUGAUGCCCGACUCAUUUUCUGUCAAUCGGGGAGGCCUCCUUGUUUAUGUGGGGGAGACAACUGCAGUGUGUUGGUGCUGGGUCUGUCUGUACCCAUUUCCCCUCCAGUAUCUCACACGUGGUGCAGUUAGAAAGGGCUUUUUCAGCUUUUGGAGUUGCCCAUGUUAACGGUGGUAUGUAUUUCGUAUUUGAGAUCUCAUACACCCUUCCUUCUCUCCCCGCCAAAUGUAACGUUGGGGGUUCUUGUCGCUUGUUCGUGUUGGUUGGACAGAGCGCUUCCCUGUUACGAGGCAGCGCUUGGUAACUCGCUUAUUUCCAGGUUUUACUGGGUUGUUUUAUGCUGUUGCACAUGUUGGCUUUUAACUGUUAGAUCCUGUCGUUUCGUGCGAAUAAAGGUUUUAUCAUUUUUUAACCCGA